UCGGGAAAAACAGCAAUGAAGAUCGCUGUGCUAUUCACCGUGGUUGCUCUAGCCGGAGCCUCGAACUAUCCGGACGAACCUUUCGGACAUCUGAAGCUCGAUCCCAAACUAGAUUCCCAUCAGGCGUUUGAGGAGCAGUGGGAUCUUGCGCAAGGAAUUUAUUUGAAAAUACAGCCAGUACUUGAGCUUAAUUUCCACAAGACCUAUAACGUGUUUGAAAAAAUUGACAGGCAGAUCUCAGUUCUGUACCAAAAUAUUUUGGAUGCAGGCAAGCUAUUGUUGAAUGAUAUUUUACACAACUCUUCGGAAAUCCUCGAAAACGUGAAUCAGGAAAUACAGGGAGCAAAUAAUAUCGUGAGCGAGUGUUUAGAGACUACCGCACAAAAACUUCGCACAAUCGGAGAAGAAGCUUUCGCGAAAGCUAAUGAGUGCAGCGGAACCUUGAUCGAAGAAAUUGACAACCUGAAGUCUUCGGUUAAUGAAUCACUUGCAGUCUAUUUCUACGCCGAAAUUGAAGAGCUGGAGACUAAAUUUCGAUAUCAAUGUUAUGAUGUAAUUGGUGAUAUUUUUGAUCAAGUUAAUUGCUUCGUUAGAUUUGUACCACAAACAACUAACGCCGCAUUUCAUAUGUUUAAAAAAGUCGAAGAAUUCUUCUACGAAUAUUACAAUACCGGAAUCCUGAGAGCCGACUAUGCCCAUGAGUGUUUCAUCGAUGUCAUUGAUCUGGUGCGAGCUGACGCUAAGACGGCUAAGGAAGAGUUUUACGAGUGCUUACAACAACCGGGAUCAUGAGACGCACCCUAACUAGAACUGAAACAUCGACCAAAAGGAGAGAGGAACGCUUAGCAAUUUUUUUUUCAAUUACUUACUGUCUAAAAAUAUCACAAUCUAGUGAUUCAUUUAUUAAAACUAUUGACGCCUACUAUGCUAUCAAAUUUGUACAUUCAGUUUGUUCAAAUUGCGAUUCUCUUUCGCAGAUCACGUCUCGGACAGCAAGUGUGAGAGCGGAAGCUCUCAGAUUUCUCCUAUACAUCCUAGCGUCCUCUCAAAAAUCAACAGAGAGUUCACAAAAUUGAGCACUGGGUAUCCCGACUUAGAAAAAAACGGUUAUAUUUCGGUGACACUCGCGCACGCCGUGACCGAUAUUUCUUCUUAUUUGACUUGGGAGCAUUUUUCUGAAAAAUUUAACCCCAGUAAGUGCACCCUCUUAGAAAUCGACAGAGCAUGCAAAAAAUUGAGAGUUGAGUCACCGAACUUAGAAUAAAACGGUUAAUUUCAGCGACACUCCAAGAACGCAAAUAUUCUCAUUCGGUUUGUCCUGCCGAGAUACCUAGAGGCAACGAACAGUGAUGUCAACUGUUUUUGAGAAAUGUCUGGAAGAUUUUGGAAAAAUGUCUGGAAAAGUGUGAAAAAGUCUGGAUGGCGAACUUUAUACAUGGUGACAAAAAAGCCCGGUCACACAGAAAAAUCUCAAUAUUUUAAUGAAUAAGAAGAAAAUCUGAAUCUGGCUUUAAUAGCAUUAUUCAGUAACUCAUAAAGAUACGUCACAGACUAUAUCUCGGAAUUACACCACCUUUUUCUGAUCAAACCAGCUUCAGACGUCUCGGCGGCGCGCACGUGCUUCAUCGGCAUCUCGUCCCAGAUUAUCGUGAUAACUCGCUUGAAUUGCUCCAAAUUCUGGAGUUCUCACAGACUUUGGUCGUCCAGAUCGUGCCUUGUCCUCGGUGCCACCGGUCACUAGGUACCGAUUUAUGGUACGGUACACGAAUUUUCGGUUGAUUUAACCUUCCCAUGCCGUUCGCAAAAUAUCCGUUUCGGGGAAAUUUGAGUUGUAGUUUGAUUUCGUUCUCCUGGCUGUAAAUGUUAACCGAUUUUGAUGAUAUUAUAUUCAUUGUGUAGGUAAUUUGUUC